CAAAUCUUGACACCAUGGCUUGCUGUGUUCCCUGCUGCUGCAGCGUCCCCACCGGCCCCGCCACCACCAUCUGCUCCUCUGACAAAUGCUGCCGCUGUGGAGUCUGCCUGCCCAGCACCUGCCCACAUGACAUCAGCCUCCUUCAGCCCACCUGCUGUGACACCUGCCCCCCACCCUGCUGUAUGCCUGACACCUAUGUGCCCACUUGCUGGCUGCUCAACACUUGCCACCCAACUCCCGGACUGUGCGGGAUCAACCUGACGACCUGCGUGCAGCCCUGCUGUGACAGUCCCUGUGAGCCCUGCUGUUAGGCAGCCAGGACUCCGCACAGGGUCAGUGAUGUGCUGCUCAGUGUCCUCC